CUCUAUUCUUUUUUAACACCCACACAUCACUGGCCGGCCAGCACAAAAGCCAUUCAACUCAACAGAUAGAUCAUCACAAAGAAAGAUCCACCACGAAGCUUGAAAAGAUGAUUCAGGAGCUGUUAGGAGGCACUGCUGCAGGUCUCAUAGGAGCAGAGAGAAAAAUCUCCAUCACUAAUGGAGGAUCCACAGUUUUUGAACCUUCCCCUUCACCUUCACCGUCACCUUCUCCUUCGCCUUCCCCUUCUUCUUCUUCCGGGACUGCUCCAGCGACAACUUCUGAGGUCCAAAACUUGAGAUGCCCUCGCUGUGAUUCUUCAAACACAAAGUUCUGCUACUACAACAACUACAACCUAACUCAGCCUCGCCACUUCUGCAAGACCUGCCGCCGGUACUGGACUAAAGGUGGCGCCCUCCGCAACGUCCCAAUCGGAGGCGGGUGCCGAAAGAACAAGAGCACCGCCAUCGCUGGUCCCUCGGCAGGAAAAACAGCCCCCGGAAAGGUGAAGAUGCUGUCGUCAGAGAUCGGAAAAGUCAGCGCCGGGGGGUUUGAGCACCACCAGGAGCUUCCUUCUACCGGCGCCCCAAUUCUGUGGGCCUCACCGCAGAAUUCUCAUCUCUUGGCUUUACUAAGAGCAACCCAAAACCCUAGCCCUAGCUCUAACUCAAACCCUAAUGCCAUUUCUGUGAAGGAGGAGGGAUUUAUGAUGGGAACCCACAUGCUGCAGGAUUCGGCUGGUGGUGGUGGUGCGGUGUAUGCUCGAAACCAGCCGGUUCCCUCAAUCGGAACGUACAGCUCUCUCUGGAGAAGCAAUAAUCAACAAGUUCCUAAUUCAAAUGGGUUUGGAGUUGCGGAAGCUCAAAACUCAGGUGUUCAAGAGCUGUACCAAAGGCUCAGAUCAUCAGCUGGGAAUUAUCAUGGGAGUAGUAGUAGUACUGAUCAUUACUCACCAGUAGUUCUCAGCAGCAAUGCAACUUCGUUAUCUUCAUAUAAUUCUUCUUCUUCCUCAACUUCAAUUCUGGAGUCAGCUCCGGUCACCGAGAGCGAACCGGGUUACUGGAAUGGAGCGUAUUCGUGGUCCGAUCUGCCAACAACAAAUGGCAGUGCAUAUCCUUGAUGAAGUACCUUUCGGUGGUAUCUCACAAUUAAUACUUUCUUGUGUUUCAAUUUCGUUUUAAUUCUAGCUUAAGCUAAGCUAGGGUUUGUUUUGGUUAUGUUUGGCUUGGGUUGUGGUAUAUGCAUAUGGGUGUAGCUAGCUAGCGAUCAUCAGUUUUAGUUCUUGCUAGCUUUUCUUUUCUUUCUCUCUAAUGUGUGUGCUUAAUUUGAGGUGUGUUUUAAUUAAGUUAUGAUCGAGGGUGUAUCUGCAGGGACAAAGUAGUGAUGAACAUGCAAAUCAAUGUCAGUGCUUUUCAA